CUGUGUGCACGGUUGAGUGCUAUUAAGUUAUUUUUUCCGUGUCAUCUAUUUGCGGGAAUAUUUCAACACAUAUAACGACAAUGAGCUUAGUUACAAAACGUUUGAAACGGUGAAAUAUUAAAUACUUAUUUGUGUCAUAUGUUUCGAUCUCAGCAUUUACACAUCCUCAUCCUUUGCAGAUUGCUUGUUGUUUUUGCUGUUCUGGAAUCAGUCAACUUGGUGCAUUUGGGUUGUGAAAAAAAUGGUUUCUGUGAAAUUAGUGCUUUAAAAUCUAAGGAAGAGCUGUUUGUUCACCAAUAUAUAUUAAAUGAUACGGAAAAAGUGAACUAUCGCUAUGUAGAUUUGGAAACACUCGAUAGUACUUUUUUUCAGGCUGUUCCUAAACAUGUUACAAGUAUAAAUAUUUAUAAGUCGAAGAAAUUAAAAUCUAUCUUAACACCUCAACAAUCUAGUGUUUCCCUUUUAUAUUUACUGGAAACAGGAUUGAGGAGAAUCGAAUUUAAUAUACACAAUUCAAUCAUCGAAUUGUUCGUAGGUCAAAGUGAUAUAGUGAAAAUACCGGAAACGAUUAGAUUAUUAUCCGAAUCUGUUAAGAUUGAAAUGACACAAUGUUUCAUUCAGGUACUUGACAUAAGGCAUUUUUGCGAUCUUUCAAAACUGCGAACGUUAAAUUUCUUCACCAAUCGGAUAAAUCAAGUUAUAAACAGCGCAAAAAAGAAUUGUACUCUUUACGGUUCCCUGGAAACAUUGAUAUUAUCACACAAUUUAUUAAAAACUAUCAAUAUGGAAUUGUUGAGUCCUUUUCAAAACCUGUUCGAAGUGACGUUUCAUGAAAGUGUAUUAGAAACCGUGAUCGGACAUUUUAAAACUAACGCAUCUUUGUCUCUAAUGUUAUCGAAAAAUAAGAUAAAAGUAAUAGAUUUUUGCAAAUGGAAUGUUCCUCAUUUGAUAUUCUUGCAUUUGCACCAAAAUGAACUGAUCACAGUCCCAUCUUGUUUGGAAAGAUUAGACAACCUAGAAGCAUUUAGUCUUGAAAGCAAUCGACUGCAAAAUGUGUCUAUUGAAAGCUUUGCCAUGAUGCAUACGAUGAAAAAACUUGAUUUGCAUAACAACAGUAUUACAUCAAUAGUGCUGCAUAGCCAUCGAUAUCCAAACAAUUUAGAAUACCUGGGAAUAUCUGAAAACAAUCUCACUUAUCUUGAUCUAUCGUUAGUUUCCGUUCCGUCGCUGGAAAUUGAUGUGAGUAAAAAUCUUAUUUCAAGUAUUGACGUUGCCACCAUAUCGAAAAAUGUAACAAAACUAAUCAUGACAUCGAAUCCUAUCGACUGCUCGUGGGAAACUCCAGAACAAAGAAUCAAUGUACAAUGCACUCAGAAUAACGAAACAGAAUAAAUCCAUAAAGGUUAACCACAUGAAUGGACGGUUUAGGUUUGCAAUGGACAUUUUGAUGGUUUAUAAUAUUUUCAUAUGUAUAACAACAAUAAAACUUAAGAGUGUACUAAUUGAAAUUAUUGCUAAAUUUGUUAUAAGGAUGAUGAGGAUUUACUGACUGUAUGAUGAGAAACUAUAUUUU